AUGCCUGAAGAUGCAGUAGAACAUCUGAAGACCACGGUUGUCAAACCUAUUGUGUAUGGAAAUGUUUCUCGUUAUCUUGGAAAGAAGCGUGAAGAAGACGGACGGACACAUCAAUGGACAGCCUUUCUGAGACCCUACAAUACAAAUGAAGACAUGUCUUCAUUCAUCAAGCGUGUACAAUUCAAGCUUCACGAAAGUUAUGCCAAUCCAGUUCGAAUGGUGAAUAAGCCCCCAUUUGAGUUGACAGAAACCGGUUGGGGUGAGUUUGACAUCACAAUGAAGGUCAUCUUCACCGAUCCGAACGAGAAACCCUUGGUUAUCACGCAUUUAAUCAAACUAUUUCAUUGUGACCAUGAGAUUAUGAUGGGACAUAAAAGCUUGGUUCGUGAAAUUUACGAUGAAAUGGUUUUUGUGGAUCCAUCGCCCUCGUUUUAUCGUGCAUUAAUGAGCCGGUCAUUACACACAGGCCCAAUCAUACCUCAUGAAACAGAUUUUAAAGAGAUCAAGGGACAAGCACUAGCUGCUCUUCAAGACCUGGAUCGUAAAGUCACUCAGGCGAUCAGUGUUUAUCGCGAACAACUAAAUUUGAAAAAGGACAUUAUUGAGGAUGUACGUUCGGCGAUCAGUGAACUGGAAAGUACAGUGACAUCGGGAAACACGUGA